AUAAUUUGCUGUGGAAAAUGUGUAACGCUUCGGUUACUUUAAAUGCAUGUCCAUGAACAACAGAUUGACGAACAACUAAAAUUAUAUAUUCUCUAUCUAUUGAAAGCUAUUACAUUACAGUUUCUGCUUGGAGUACUGCUUGCUUAGACCUUGAAUAAAGUUGAAGAAACGACUGAAAAAUGGGAAAGGAAAAGGCUCACAUCAACAUUGUUGUUAUUGGUCACGUGGACUGUGGAAAGUCCACUUCAACUGGUCACAUGAUCUACAUGUGUGGUGGUAUUGAUAAAACAACAAUAGAGAAAUAUGAGAAGGAGGCUGAUGAGAUGGGCAAGGGCUCUUUCAAGUAUGCCUGGGUGUUGGACAAACUGAAGGCAGAGAGAGAACGUAAUAUCACCAUUGAUAUUGCUCUGUGGAAAUUUGAGACCAACAAGUACCACGUCACCGUCAUUGAUGCACCAGGUCACCGUGAUUUUAUCAAGAACAUGAUCACUGGAACGUCACUGGCAGAUUGUGCCUUGCUAAUCGUUGCUGCAGGCAGGGGAGAAUUCGAAGAAGGUAUCUCAAAGAAUGGCCAGACUAGAGAGCAUGCCUUGCUUGCUUACACACUUGGCGUGAAACAGUUGAUCGUAGGUGUUAACAAGAUGGACAGCACCGAACCACAAUAUUCUGAGGAAAGAUUUGCAGAAAUCUCGAAAGAAGUUGGAGCUUACGUGAGGGAAAUCGGUUACAAUUCCAAAGCCGUGGUUUUUGUACCAAUUUCCGGUUGGUUUGGUGAUAACAUGAUUAAAGAAUCAGAAAAUAUGAAAUGGUUCAGGGAAUGGAGAAUCGAAAGGAAGGAGGGAAAUGCUUCAGGCAAGACACUGUUAGAGGCUCUUGACUCCAUUCUUCCACCCGCAAGACCAGCAGACAAACCACUUCGUCUGCCUCUCCAGAAUGUCUACAAGAUUGGAGGCAUUGGAACUGUUCCAGUUGGUCGAGUAGAAACUGGCAUACUCAAACCAGGUAUGGUCGUGACUUUUGCUCCAUCACAACUAACUACUGAGGUUAACUCGGUCGAGAUGCACCACGAGGCUCUAUCUGAAGCUUUUCCAGGUGACAACGUUGGUUUCAACGUAAAAAACGUUUCUAUUAAAGAUAUCAAGAGAGGAAAUGUAUGUGGAGAUUCAAAGAACGAUCCACCGAAGGGAGCUGCAAACUUCACUUCCCAGGUGAUUGUAGUCAACCAUCCAGGUGAAAUAAGGAACGGUUAUACUCCUGUUCUAGACUGCCACACAGCUCAUAUUGCCUGCAAAUUCGCAGAAAUCAAUCAAAAAAUUGAUCGGCGUUCCGGAAAGGUUUUAGAAGAUAAUCCGAAGUUUGUUAAAUCAGGGGAUACCUGCAUUGUCAAGUUGGUUCCAUCUAAACCAAUGGUUGUUGAAUCGGUCAGCGAGUAUGCACCCUUGGGGCGUUUUGCAAUUAGAGAUAUGAAACAAACGGUGGCGGUUGGUGUCAUUAAAGCAGUUGAGAAAAUCGUGUAGGCUGGGAAGACGACAAAAGCGACUCAGAAAGCAACUGAAAAGACGAAAUGAUUUAGGCUCAUGCAUAAACUAUCAGCAAUUUUGCAAAAUCGUACAGACUGUUAUACUGCAAAUAAAAUUGUCUUUAUUAAAUAAUCCCAAAGCUACACUGGACGAUAUAUCAGUUUCUUAAUUGUUAAAGUCAAACUUUCGUUUGAAUUAUAGAACCAACAUCAUGGCGAAAGAAUAUAUGAUACCAAUAACA